UUGCGGUUUUGCCCUGUCAUACGAAGGAGGAAAUAAAAGAAUGUGAUAAAUACAACGAUUAAAACAAUUCUGGCUAAAAAUCAAAACAAUUUACAUUUUAUUCGUGUCCUGCACAGUUCGUGAAUCAAAUAAUUGAUAGUUAAUCAGUGUUAAAAUGGCUGAGGAGGCUAUAUUCGAAUACUUACAUUCGGAAAUUGUGAAUUAUACAUUAACGAAGGAAAAUGAUAAGGAAAACGAUCUUUCAGCUUUGGAAUAUAUCGGCUAUUCGACUGGGUAUCGAAUAAUCGAACGGUUGACCCGGGAAUGGCCACGAUUCAAAGACGAACUAGAUACGAUGAAAUUCAUUUGCACCGACUUUUGGAGCUCAAUUUAUCGGAAGCAAAUUGAUAACCUGCGAACCAAUCAUCAAGGAGUGUAUGUUCUACAGGACAAUGCCUUUCGAUUUCUGACCCGGCUGUCCGCUAACUCACAAUAUCUUGAACAUGCUCCGAAGUUCGUCGCAUUCACCUGCGGAUUGGUGCGAGGCGGCUUAGCAAAUCUAGGGAUCAACAGCACUGUUACGGCCGAAGUGCAGAACAUGCCAUCAUGUAAGUUCCAUAUUCAAGUUAAUCGAGCUUGAAUUAUGAAAAAUAAAUACAAUAUUGGUCUCCGUGUAUUUUGACGUUUC